AUGCAACAUCCACACAAAGACAAUGACCUCCCAGAAAUCCAUCGCUACAUCACAACUCACAGCACCGAAGGCGAAGCCGUCUUUCUUUCCCACGCACAAGUCCCAGACUACAUGCCCUCCCAACCAGCCGGCGGCGACGGCGAGAUUGCACUGUUAUACGCGACCGAUACAUCCCCCGCUUCACUGGAGGAUGAAGCCGAUAUAGCACUAUACGAUGAGUUCCUACAUCAGCCACCCGGUCUCACCACAGGCUCGGGAACAGUUUUCCGCAUGAUCGAUCUUAAGCCGGGCAAGAAAACACCGAUGCAUCGCACUGUUAGUCUUGAUUAUGGGGUUGUAUUAGAGGGUGAUGUGGACCUUGUGCUGGACUCGGGGUCAAGUCGUCAUUUACAUCGAGGAGAUGUGUGUAUACAACGUGGAACGGCACAUUCGUUUCAGAAUCGAAGUAAUAAGGAGUGGUGUCGGUUGCUGUUUGUCUUCUUGCCGAUGCAGAAGUUGGUAUAUAAAGGGAGGGAGCUGGGUGAGGAAGUCUAUGAUGAGCCCUACGAGGAUGAAGAAAAGGAUGAGGAAAAGCAUGAGGGAAACGAUGAAGAAAAGGAUUGA